AUUUUGGGUUUGACCAUCAUUGCAGCAACGGUAUCUUUAUCCAUUAUAUCUUUCCAUUAUUUCCAUUUCCAAGAGAAAGAGAGCGGUACAGUAUAUCGAUCCUCCAGCCAGACGACCAUGACAGCCAAGGAACUCUUUUACUUUAACCUCUGCGGUCCAGACCUGGACAAAAGUAAAGUCUUUUACAAAAAAGUGCUUGGAUGGGAGAUUGGAGGAGGAAGCAUGGGUGGUCAUGUGAACAACACGACGACACCCUGUGGAAUCGGUCCGAAAUCGGUCAAGCCCGAAGUGUAUUUCUGCACGGAUAAUCUGGAUGCCGCCAUUGCAGUUGUGGAACAAAAUGGCGGCAAGGUAUUAUCGCGUUCGGUCUUUGAAGGGAUCGGACCCGCGGCAUCUUGUCAGGACAACCAAGGAACUCAUUUUGCACUGCAAGAACCUGCCACGGAAGAAAUGAAGAAACAUGCGGCCAACGUGAAGAAGGGGUGUCGUCACGGCGAUUUGUUCUUUUUCUCUCUUCCUGUUGCGGAGGAAGAAAAGGCUCGAGCGUUUUAUGGAGCCGUCCUUGGAUGGGAAUUUGGAGUCAAAGGCAAAGAAGGAGGCUUGGGAAUCCAGAAUUUGAAAGGACCCGAUGGCGGAUUGGGCAUUGGUCGAGAGGGUGAUAUUCCAUCCUUUUGGUUUCGCGUCGAUGAUGUGGUCAAAACGGUGGAUCUGGUCAAGGAAUCCGGUGGUACUGCCGGUGAAGUAUUCGAUGCCCCCGAAGGAACCAUGUGUGAAGUCACCGACGAUCAAGGAGUGAAAAUUGGAUUGGCACAGCCGGCUCCUGGCUAUUGAUUUGAUUUUGAAGCAAAAGUAUAAGUGUCGGCAGUGAUGGAUAGC